UUUUUUGUGAAUGGGGCUCAUUAUGUAUGCAGCUUCCACGCAGCCCAUUCACGAGCGGCGCUGCGUCUCCUCACAGUGGCGUUGGUGUGUGCGCGCGGUGCAAGGCGGACUUUGCGUGGACUGGUCUUCAACUCCCAACAGCAGCCUAAAUGACCACGAACGGCUAACGGGAUGGAUUAUAAGAUGGAUGGAUAUUUGGACCAACAAGUGCCUUACACUUUAGCAAAUAAGUCGCAAGGAAAUGGACCCCUAAAUAGACUGUUGAUGGCAGCGAAAAGGAAAUACAUGGACACAGAAUUACCCCCUCAGGAAUCCGAAGACCUCUUCCAGGAUUUAAGCCAACUCCAGGAGACGUGGCUCACAGAAGCUCAGGUUCCUGACAGCGAUGAGCAAUUUGUUCCUGAUUUCCAUUCUGAAAACUCAGUGGCAUUUCACAGCCCUCCAGUUACCAUAAAGAAGGAACCUCAGAGCCCCGGGUCAGACCCCAGUCAGUCCUGUAGCCACAAGCAGACCUUCACCUACCCCAGCGGAGAGCAGUGCCUUUAUGCCAGUGCCUAUGAGCAGAAGAGGGCUGCAGCGGGGGCCAAGAGCUCUUGUCCCGGGACCCCCAUGUCCCCCCUGACACCACAGCAGCAGCAGCAGCAGCAUUACUCCCCCAAAGCCACUGCAGCCACCGGACGGCCCGACGCAGGCUACAUCAAUCACGCCCCGGCAACGCAGCCACUGCCUAGCAACAGCUACCACCUCAACCCCAGCUCCAGGUACCAGGGCCAUUCAGGAGACCCCAUGGGCCCCCCUCAGUUCCCCCCUCCCACCCCGGCGUUCCAGCGCAUGCCCUCUGCCCCGUCAGGACACGGCGGCAGCAGCGGGACAGGAGUGGGAGGGGGCGGGGGUCCCGGAGGAGGAGGGGGUGGAGGAGGAGGUCCAGGCGGAGGGUACCACCGACAGCACUCUGACCCCUGCAUGCCCUACCUGCAGCAGAGCUUUAAGCAGGAGUACCUGGACCCCAUGUACGAGAGGGCCGCUCAGGGCAUGACGGGCCCGGGACACGGGCACAGAGCGCAUCCGCACCCCCAUCCGCAUCCACACCCAGCGCACCCUCAUCCACACCCAGCGCACCCUCACCCACAUCAGCACCGAUUUCCCCCCGCCCACAUGAUGGUCAAGCAGGAGCCCACAGACUACACCUACGAACCUGAUGUGCCUGGAUGUCCCUCUAUGUACCACCACAACGAUGGCUAUCCAAAUCCACAACACAGCAAUGAAGGCUAUCUGUUUGAAAACGACUCCCGCGUGGUGCCAGAGAAGUUCGAAGGUGAGGUGAAGCAGGAGGGCGGGGCCAGCGGAGUGUUCCGGGAGGGCACGCCUUACCAGCGCCGCGGCUCCCUGCAGCUGUGGCAGUUUCUGGUGGCUCUUCUGGACGACCCCGGCAACGCGCACUUCAUCGCCUGGACGGGGCGGGGCAUGGAGUUCAAACUCAUCGAGCCUGAAGAGGUGGCCCGGCUGUGGGGGAUGCAGAAGAACCGUCCGGCCAUGAACUACGACAAGCUGAGCCGCUCUCUGCGCUACUACUACGAGAAGGGAAUCAUGCAAAAGGUUGCUGGGGAGCGCUACGUUUACAAGUUUGUGUGUGAGCCUGAAGCGCUCAUCUCUCUGGCCUUCCCCGACAAUCAGCGGCCCAGCCUCAAGUCCGAAUUCGAGCGUUACGUCAACGAAGAGGACACGGUGCCCCUGUCCCACCUGGACGAGGGCGUGUCCUACCCCCCCGAACAGCCCCCUCACACCAUGGGCCCCCAGCAGCCCUACUCCAAAGGCUACAUGUACUAAAGCUAGCCCCGCCCACCUCCUCAUCUACAGACCGACCAAUCAUACGCCCCGACGCCCCACGCACCUCUUGCACAGGCCCCUCCCACUUGUAUAUAAGGCUAUGGUGUUUUUUUGUUUUAAAUUAAUCUCAUUAUUAGGGAUUUUUUUUCUUUGAGUUUUUAAGAGCUGCAUUCCUCUCAUAUAAGAGAAUUAUUCAAUCCAUAAACAUGACUGUGGUUGAAGAGAUUGCUUAAUAAACACCCAUUAUGAUACCAAA